AUGAAGCUCUACACGUACUGGUCCAUACUCCCCGCGGUGCAUUGUCUACAGCUCGACGUGGACAAUCCCGCCUCGAUCAAACAAGCCGCCCACGAUGUCGCCCGCAACAUGCUCUCCCACUACACAGGGAUGAACCCCGGCGAUAACCCGGGCAACCUGCCGGACCCGUACUACUGGUGGGAAGCCGGGGCGAUGUUCAACGCGCUGAUCGACUACUGGUAUUUGACGGGGGACGAGCAGUGGAACAAGAUCACGAUGCAGGCGCUGACGUGGCAGGCCGGCGACACGGGCACGUUCAUGCCGACGAACCAGACCAAGACGGAGGGCAACGACGACCAGGCCUUCUGGGCGUUCGCGGCCAUGUCGGCAGCGGAGCGCAACUUCCCCAAUCCCGCGCGCGGGCCGGGGUGGCUGGCGAUGGCGCAGGCGGUGUUCAACACGCAGGCGGCGCGGUGGGACGCGGCGACGUGCGGCGGCGGGCUGCGCUGGCAGAUCUUCAGCUUCAACAACGGCUGGAACUACAAGAACACCAUCUCGAACGGGUGUUUCUUCCACCUGGCCGCGCGGCUGGCGCGGUACACCGGCAAUACGACCUACGCCGAGUGGGCGACGCGCGUCUGGGAUUGGACAAUGGACGUUGGCUUUGUGACGGACGACUGGCGGUUCAUGGACGGGGCCGACGUGCUCGAUGGGUGUUCGGAAUUCAACCGCAUCCAGUGGACGUAUAACUCGGGCGUGUAUCUGCUCGGUGCGGCCACUAUGUACAACAUCACAGCCGACUCCCGUUGGCGAGACAUCACAGCCAACAUCCUCCAGGCCACAGACGCCUUCUUCACCGGCGGGGUCAUGUUCGAGCGGGCGUGCGAGACCGUCGACACGUGCCAGACAGACCAGCGGGCCUUCAAGGGCUUCCUGGCACGGUGGAUGGCCGCGACCAUGCAAAUGGCGCCUUUCACGGCGGACUGGGUGCUGCCACGGCUACGCGCGUCGGCGGCCGCGGCAGCCCGGACGUGCACGGGGGGCGUGGACGGGGCAGCGUGCGGGCUGAAGUGGACGGAGCAGCGGUGGGACGGAAGCGAAGACGUGGGGUUGCAAAUGAGCGCGCUGGAGGUGAUGCAGGCGACGCUGAUUGGGUCUGCGGACGCACCGCUGACGGAUGCCACGGGGGGGACGUCGCAGGGAGACCCGGAGGGGGGCGCCGGGCCGGCCAGUUCCCGGGCAAAGGUGCUAACCAGAGAGAUCACGAGAAGCGACCACGCGGGGGCCGGGAUAUUAACAGUGAUGCUGGCGGCGGUAGUCACAGGCACAACGGGAUGGUUGGUCUACGAGUAA